AUGGUCUUCCGAUUUUCUUUUGCUCAUAUUGAGUGCUUUCUUGCUGACAAAGGCCUGGCUUGUGAGGCUGUCGAGGGAUAUGCGUACGCCAUUGUCGAAUACGCAACGAAGGAACAAGCUCAACAUGCUAGUCGGAUGCUCGACCAUCGAAUGCUUAUGGGCCAUCAUGUGGCCGUUCUACAGGUACGAAAGCUCGCAGAAGCCGAUGAUGCAGUCCAAGUAGCUCUAACUCAGCCUUUCAGUGGUCCCGACCAGAAAGUCGUAGGGAAACUGAAAAUCUGUCUGGCCCCAAACCGUUCACUGAUUUCGCAUGUGGUGGAGGUGAGAGAAGCAAAACAAUUUACGUGGGAAAUCCAGCUUCCCUUGAUGCCUCGCGUGCCUAGCAUUCAACAUCUACUUGCCUUAUUCAGCACGGUUGGCAGGAUCGAACGUGCAGAAUAUCAGUACGCUGGCGGGGUUGUGAUCCAAUUUGACACGGCGGAGACAGCUGAUGCUGCGAUAUGUAUGACUAUGCCAUGA